GACUGCGGAAGAGGAGACCGACGCCUUUGCCCAGGGCGUGGGGAGAGGCGGGGGGCUGCUCCUCUUUCCCUUGGCGGUGCCGGCUCACUUGGAGCCGUGAGGAAGUGAGAGAAGCCAGCCGCGAAGGAGACCUGUGUCGGUAGCAAAGUGCGCACAGAGGAAGGGAAUAAAAGGGAGGGGAGAGUUCAGCGAACGAGGCAUUCAUUCUCUGGAAUUUAGACCUUGACUUCCAGACGCCAUGAACAACUACAGCGUUUCUUUGGUUGGUCCAGCCCCCUGGGGUUUCAGGCUUCAAGGUGGCAAAGACUUCAACAUGCCCCUAACCAUCUCUCGGUUGAGUGAUGGAGGCAAAGCGGCUAAUGCAAAUGUGGGAAUAGGUGACGUUGUUCUCAGUAUCGAUGGGAUAAGUGCCGAUGGUAUGACUCACCUGGAAGCACAAAACAAGAUCAAGACCUGUUCAGGCAAACUGACUAUGAAUCUGCAAAGAGCACCUUCUGCUCCGAAACCUGAUCCCAUACCUGUGCAACAGGUAGAGCCUAAGGAUCUAGUUAAGCCUGUGCCCAUUCCGUCCGCAGUCGUGCCCAAAGUUUCAUCCACAGCCAACAUAGCCUUCAAUAAGGCCCCAAGACCCUUUGGGUCUAUGUCAGCUUCCAAGAUCACGUCCAUUCCAUCGCCAUCAUCUGCCUUCACUCCAGCUCAUGCGAGUUUUUCAUCACAUGCUUCCCUUACACCACUGGCCAAUGUCACGCCUCCCACUCUCACCGCCUCCGGACUGCAUGCUAACGCCAAGUCUCACGCUGACCAGCGUUCACCUGAGCUGAGUGCUGCUAAACCUGCAGUUAAUAUCCCAUGGCAGCCCACACACAAUGCAUCCUCGAACACCUCUUUCAACGACAAUGCCCAGGAGGUGGCAGAGGGACAGCGAAGAGGAUUCAGAGAGAACCAGGGUGACAAUAAAGAGCAAAAUGGUCCACCUCGGAAGCAUGUUGUGUAUACAAAUACAGAGUUUUACCACCCACCCACUCACAGCAACAACAGCAAGAAACGAUUGAUUGAGGAUACAGAGGAUUGGCACCCAAGGACAGGAACAACCCAGUCACGUUCUUUCCGCAUCCUUGCGCAGAUCACUGGCACUGAACACAUGAAAGAACCAGAACCUGAUGAUUCAAAGAAGGCAAAUGAUUCUCUGGAGCAAACACAGUCUACUGCUUACACUGCUGCCACAGUAAGGAGCAUGCCUGAAACUCCAGAGAACGGCACACGUGGACCAGUUCCUGCCAAUCCAACAUCUGUGCCAGCUGUCAAGCCGACAGGACCUCAGUAUGCAGUCAAAACCUCAGGCUGGCAAUCUUCUAAUCAGCCAGCAGCUGGAAGUGGAUGGGCAUCAGACAAGGGUGGAAGACCCGGAGCAACUGUGCCAAGUGAAAAAAAUACAGCAGCACCACCUGUGCUAACAGAUGAAGACACUUUGGUUCAGAUGGCAGAGCAUAUUCCUGCAGGAAAGCGAACUCCGAUGUGUGCUCAUUGCAAUCAAGUAAUUAGAGGGCCUUUCCUGGUGGCCUUGGGAAAAUCUUGGCACCCAGAGGAGUUUAAUUGUGCACACUGCAAAACCUCCAUGGCAUACAUUGGCUUUGUGGAAGAAAAGGGAGCUCUUUACUGCGAGGGCUGCUAUGAGAAGUUCCUUGCCCCUGAAUGCGCCCGAUGCCAGAGGAAGAUUCUUGGGGAAGUAAUAAAUGCCUUGAAACAAACCUGGCAUGUUUCCUGCUUUGUGUGUGUGGCUUGCCACAAGCCCAUACGCAACAAUGUUUUCCAUUUGGAGGAUGGUGAUCCCUACUGUGAGACAGAUUACUAUGGACUCUUUGGGACCAUGUGCCAUGGCUGUGAAUUCCCCAUUGAAGCUGGGGACAGGUUCCUGGAAGCCUUGGGCCACACUUGGCAUGAUACCUGCUUUGUGUGCUCAGUGUGCUGUGAGAGUUUGGAAGGCCACACUUUUUUCUCUAAGAAGGACAAGCCCCUUUGCAAGAAACAUGCCCACUCUGUGAACAUCUGAAGCUCUGGGGGUUGCUGAAGCAUACAUAUUGGCCGGGAGAUAAAGUUCCUGGGUUUUGGUUUUCAGUAGGCUUACUGAAGUAUUUAUCUAGACUUUUUAAUUGUAGAAGCAGAGAUUGGGGUGGGGUGGGGAAGGAAUAAAGCUUAUGACUGUUUCAUGUGAUACAACAAGGAGCAUUUAGAGCCCUGCAGAUGUUGCUGGACUCAAAUUCUCAUCAUCCAAUGACCAUUGGCCAUGUUAGCUGAGAUUGAUGGAAAUUGGAACCCAAGUAUGUAUGUUGUGUUAUUAUAUAGCGAUUUUACGUUGUAACUGCCCUGAGAGUAUAGGGCGGCAUACAAAUUUAAUAAAUAAUAAAAUAAUAAUAAGAGCAGGGGAGGGGACCACAGGUUCUCUACCCCUGAUUUAAAAUGACUUAGAGUAGUAAUGUCAGGCAAAUGAAGAUGGACACUCUCUCUUAGUGAGAGCAAACCUUUGGGACUUUGUGGGGUGGGCUCUUUCUUUCUUUUCUUUCUUUUUUAAGAAAGGGCAAUAUUGUUUCAAUCACACAUUUUGUAGCUCAGCUUGCAUUUGUAUUUAAGUGCCACUAAAGGUGGGUUUGCUGCUGCUUCUUAGGUAGGAGAGAGAGGAAGAAGGUCCAAUUUUAGAUAAUGAAUCAAUUUAGCUGGUAUGUAUCAUAUGCAUUUCGGAAAUAUAACCAACAACAUGAAAUUGUUUGGCACAAAAGGGAGCAUUCAUUAUUGUAGGUAAUUAGGAAAUUUGAAACUGAGCAGUGUUAAGCCAAUUCUUUUAGCUCCCACAUUUUAUAAAUAUUUGCCUUUUUCCAUUCAUUUUCUCCCUUAAAAUAUGUGGGGGAAAGAGUUAACCAGUUAUUAACCAAUUAAUGAGACACUUGGCCAUGCAGAAUACAGUAUAACUUGUAUGAGUGCAGAGGAAGAACAUGCUACUUACCUGCUCUUAAAAUGUUAUAAAUAUUUCUAGAAAAUGACUGAUGGAUACUGGGGUGGGGUAAGUCUGAUUUGGGUUACGUAAGAUCACAUCUUAAACUUUUUUGUAUAUAAUUUUACUUUAUUGUGUGCACAUUUUUUUAUUGUGUGCACUUCUUUGGUGUAACAGAAAAGGGAAACAACGUCAGCUUUCUUAGAUGCAAUACUCUCACUGCAUAGUAAAUAAAAUAAAAAUUAACAUCAUAUUUUUUUGCUGUGGUGUUAGGACAUUGUGAAUUAUAUUGCUUUACCAUUUUAACACAGGUGCUUGCUUGCCAUAAUUUGUAAAUAGAUACAUGAAUUAGUUGACGUUCUUUCUACACAUGUCAAUUCCUCUGGUUUCUCCAGAGUUAGGAGGAUGAUUUUAUAAUGAACUGCAUGGCAAAGUAUUUAUCACUUUGAAAGUGGAAAGAAGGGAAAUAAUUUUUACUGUAAUGCAAAAGUAGCACCAUCCAAGUGUUGUUAGACUACAGUUCCCAUCAUUCUCACAUUUGGGAUAGCUGGCUGGAGCUGUUAGGUGUUUGAGUCCAACAACUUCGGGAAGAUUACAAGUUCCCCAUACCUGUUUUUAAAGCAUAUCCCACUAUAAGAGGAACUGGCAAAUUCCAGUAAGAGCAAACAAUUAGUGUGCAACCUCUGGGUAAAUUUUAGUCGUCCAAACAAGACUAAUAAGUGUGUGAUUAUGGACAUGCAUUUUAUGUGUUCCGUUGAAAGAAUAAGUUGGCUUCUGUGGAAUCUACAGUACAUAGAAGAUUAAUGGGCCAUGCUACCAAACUGGGGUGUGUGGAUUUUUAAUUAAAGUAAAAAUAAAUCAAUCCUUUCCAGCUGAUCAUAGGAGCCAGUUUAGCUGUGAUUGCCUUGGUAUUCAGUCACUUCUGAAGAAUGACUACAAAACAAAGAACUGUUGCUUUGAAUUAUGAAAUGCUGUGUCACAUUGUGUGACUUCACAGACUGGACUGUGGGGCAUGAAAUAUUCCAUUUCCAGCUUUAUUCACUCCAGUGAAGUGGUAUAUAAAGUUUAUGUAUUCUAGCUUUCAAACUUCAGAAGCAUAGAAUGAAUGUGGUUUUUAAGCUAUUCGGCCAAUGUUGACUUGUAAGUGGCCACAUGCCAGUUUAUACUUGCACACUUGGCUUCCACUCCCCCAGUCAAAAAUGGUGACUCGUGAUUCUCUCAGCUACAUGUUAGGCUAUGUUGUUGUGCCAUGGCAAAUCCUGCUCUGUGUCCCAUGCCCUGAAAGUACGCAUGUUGCAGAUUCUCACAUAGGAUGAGAAAAUUGAACCCCCUAUUUUGAUUCAUGUGCACAUUAUUGAUUGUUCUGUCCUUGCUACAUGGUAGGACAGUUUAGCUGGCUGGACCAAGUGGCUGCAUACCCCACCUGGUUAAUAGUUGUUUGUGUUAAACUGGUUUCUAUUAUAAAGAAAUAGAAACAAAGGGUUAUAGCCAAAAUUAGUUGUACUGAGCUCAGGCCCAGUGAAAUAAAAAGACAUGACUAACUUAGGUUGUUGCAUUGCGGGGUCCCUUCCAACUUAUUCCAGUAGGUCUGUUCUAGAACUUAAGUUGGAUACAGUCCUUAAAGCAUGGUUCAUUUAUCAACCUGGGAUCUAGUAAGCUCUGCCAAGCACUUAUGGCCACCCAAAAAUAUAAAUAUACCCAAGAGACAAGCAAAGUCCAUGGGAAUUUAAGUUAUAUUUCCUACCAUACUUUUAAUAGCAGUGACCAAGGUUUUUGCAGUGUACUUUAAUUCACUAUCUCUGACUGGCUACUUUUUUGGUGGUGGAAUUCUUCUAUAAAUAUAUAUAUUUUUAUAUAUAUGAUUCUUUUAAGCUUUACUCCUAAACUCUUUUAGAUGUGUUGUUUUCUUCAUUCUCUACACAUAUAUGAUGUGGCAAAGUUCACGACCUGGCAAUUGGCUGGGAAACUUACAAGUUGAAAAAUAAUAUUCAAAGUGACUUAGCGGAAAAUGCCAAGAAUUUAUCCAGCAGUUCCACCAAGUGGUAGUCUCCAAAUGUACCAGCAGCUAUUAACAACAACAACAACAACAACAACAACAUAAAAUAACAGAAAAAGGACAUUUGUAUGCAUGUUUAGGAGCACUUCACUUAGAAAAUAGCUUGUUUCGGAAGGCAGAGCUGAAACCCAAACUGUUUAUGAGCAUCAGGCAUUAAGUAAAGUAAAAUCUUAGCUGUGCUAAGACGUUUUUGCAUAUUGUAAUAAGCCAGUACACAAUUAUUUGCAAACAGAAUGAAAUUCCAGUAGUAAGAGAGCCAAAGCGAAAUCUUGGAGUAGUUGCACUUUGGUCUUCUGCAGUAUUUCUCGGAAGUGGGGGAGCGAUGACAUUCAGAAGCAAGACAGACAGAAACAGCUCUGGAUUUCCCAGAUCAUUGUGUUCAGCUUUGUUCUGCUCCAGUCAAUGGAUUCUGGUGAUAUGCAUGUUGUGCUUUGCUUUGUUGCUUUUCUCUCUCUCUCUCUCUCUCUCUCUCUCUCUCUCUCUCUCUCUCUCUCUCUCUCUCUCUCUUCUCUUUCUCCCUUUAAACAUCUUGUCUAAACCCAGUUGUCUUUGGAUCCAGUUGUUACAAAAAGCAAAGUCAGCAACAUGAUAAAUAAACAAAGACUAUGAAAUUACAGUUCCUCCCCCUUUCAUUUAUUUAUAAAAAUGCUCAUCUCUGUGAUCUGGCUUACGCUGUCCAAACCUGGCUUAAUAAACCAGGACAUGCAUGACAUCCAACUCCUUCAUAUCUGGAGUAGACCUACUGAAAUCAAUGAAUGAUUAGAUCCAUGGAGUCCAUGAUGUCUUCCAAUAAAAGCCAGCAUACUUAAGCCAACUUUAAACCAUGUCUUCAUAUAAUGGUUUGCUUGGAAGUUUCCUAGACUGCAUGUAAUGGGAAGCUAUGGUUUAAUUGCAGCUUCAUAGCUUGUUUUCUAACUGCUGCAAAAGGAGGAGCAAAGUGGGAAUAAAGAGCCUGUCUUCAAGUGCUUGGAGAUCAUGCAUUUCCCAUCUUAAUUCAGCCAGGAUUUGGUUGUGCGAAUGCAACCUGCGUUUUCACAAGACCACAGCAUGCUUAAGUCUAAAUUGGAUGCCCCGUGUCCCUUUUAUCUUUGUUUGCAAUAAUUUAUUGUUUAAUUUCCCAAAUCCUGGGUGCGAAACAGAAUAUUUGACAGAGUUGUGUGCAAAGAUGUCUGGUGUCCUCUCUAAACCGGAGAGAGUAAAUAGGAACUGCAAUUCUAUCUCCUCUGACUGGGUUUAUCUGAUACUGUAUUUAGCCUUGGCACAAAGCAUUCUCUGAUUUCACCUUAGGAUACUUAACCAUCUAUAGUAACAUGGUCAAUUACUUCGUGAUAACAGUAGCCUCAUAAGAUUCUAAUGAGCUGGGUAUCUUUUGACUAGGUGAAUGUGCUGCUGUUUUCUACCUUGUUUGUACAAGGAAAGGGGGAGCACUGCAUAUGACUAUAAAAAGCUACAGCCAGCUUUACAGGAAUCUUGCCCCCGCUGCAUUUGUUUAGGCUACAAUUAAAGACAAAUGCAAGUCUAUUUGCAAAACAGUAUAUUAAACUCCAGAAGCCAAACUCUUAAAGGCAUCAAGGCUGGGUUUGACAUUUUAACAGCGGAGGGUUGGUUUCUGUCAACUAACAAUAUAAUUUAACAUUAAAAUGCACCAAGAAACAAAAAUAAGAGAUCUGUCAUUCAUUCAUUAAGAAACUGUAAUCUAGUGUAAUAUUUAUAGUCUUAAAACUCAACAGUGUGUUUUCACAAUAAAUCCCCUUUCACUGCUCAACCUAGAACAAAUCUUUCAGUCAAAAAGGUUUCUGGCUGAAAUGCACUGUGUUAAAGAUCUUCAAAGCCUUUCUUACAGGACUGCACAUAAAUCCUUUUAACCAGUGCAGGCUUAAUUUAGGCUGGAGUUUUACUUUUCUGGGGACGUUAAUAUCUGUGCUCAGACAAGAUCUUGGUUAUAUCAGAAACACAUAGAGCCUAAUUUAUUAUUAGCAGCCUGGUGUUAAUUAGGGGGAGUUACUAGAAAUAGUUUGCUUGAUGGAAAUUUAUUAGGAAAUCACACUUUACUGAUGGCAGAAUAGGAGUCACUGAAAAAGCCCAGCUCCUACUCGAAAUCAACUAAUUAACAGGGUGUCAAAAUUCCUCUGAGGAAGACUUGGCUAUAAUCAUGGAGACCCUCCCAAAGUAACUGGCUCCUCUGUGCUAUUUAAAUUUUAAAUUGGGGAGGGGGGAGAGGGGGAAGUAGUGCUACCCAGCCAAAGUUUCCAAAAUGUUGACAUGAUCGGUUCUAAAUGGAAUCAUUGAUAUCCGAGGCUCAUUAAAAAAAAUAGGUGCCCCCUGUUCUGCAUCUAUGCAUAUUUAUACUUCCUUGGUGGUGGUGGUAAUUUUUCCUUCCCUGUGAGCAGCCCCCCCCCCCCCAAGAAGUAGCUAUGUUUUGUGUUUGGAUUAAAAAUCAUGUUUGGAUUUUAAAAUGGAAGAAUGUUUUUUAAAAAGCAAAAACCUGCCAUGUUUAUAUUAAGGAAUGUGUUAAUGAAAGCAUUGUGUGUGUGUGUGUGUGUGUGUGUGUGUGUGUGUGUGUGUGUUUUCUCCUUCAUUUAAAAGUUCACAUCUGUGUUUUGUAUGGGAAAUGUUUCGGCAACCGUGUGGUUCAUGCCAAAUCUUUUUAAAAGACACAUAAAAUGGCAUAGCCAGAGCAAAAACUUGCUGCUGUCCAUUAAUACUGUGGGGUGUACCGUGUUUCCCCUAUUUUAAGACGUAGUCAUUUUAUAAGACGUAGCAGGAUUUUUACACUUUUGCGGAAUUAAGCCAUACCCCGAAAAUAAGCCAUACCCCGAGCCAGCAGAACCCAGCAUGCUGGCCGCGGCAGGAAAAGGAGGGCUGCUGGGUUGGUGCCCGGAACUGGCUACUGCUGCUGCUGCUGCAGCGCCGCUUAGAAUGAGACCGCCGAGCGCCCCAGCAGCGGGACCGACAAAGUGCCCAGCAACACAGCACGGAGCGCCCCAAGCGCCCCAAGCCACAACAGCAGGAGGAGGAGGUUUCAAAGGGCUAUAGAGCACCGCUGGGUCCCGGAGACUCAGGGCGUUCCGCGCGCCGCCUCCUCUUUCUGCCGCGGCUCGGCACCUGGAACUGGUUGCUGCUGUUGCUGCUGCUGAAGCGCCGUGCAGCUCUCUAUCCGUCCUCGCCCUCAACUGCUAAUUUCUCCCUCACACACGGGCGGGGGGGGGGAGAAACAGGAGGAGGCACAAGCACCGCGCGCUCGGCCCUCUUUCGGUGCUCGCGCUCGCCGAGCUGUUGACCUGAAGCACAGAGGAGGCAUGCACACGCACGCAAGAAAGGAUGGGUGGGGGGAGGAGGAGAGCGGUGUUUGUGACACGCUCGCGAAAGAAUGGCUGAGCAGCCGUGCGCACGGAACGGUGUCUCUCCCUCUGUGUGUGUGUGAGAGAGAGAGAAAAGGCGGGGAGCGAGGAAAGGAGACAACUGGGGCGGGGAAGAGGAGGAGGAGGCUUUCCGCAAGGCGGAGGACUGAGAGACGCUACCAAACAGGAAGCGCUGCCACCAAGCCAGGAGCCGCUCCGCGCUUCCCUCGGCAAAAAAGGCGCGACCUGCAGCUGUCACAAAAGCCUCCCCGAGCCCAGCUGACUGGCGGCUGUCAGAGCGCAGACAAGGAAAAGCCUGGCGAACCGCUGACAAGCGGGUUCAAGCCGCUUGUCAAUGGACUCAACAAAGGAGGGGGAGGGAGUGGAAGCCUCCGCACACAACAGCACCCCUCCAAAGGCGCCACAAGCCAGCCCUAAAACUGGACACGUGGCCUGAGGCGCGCGAAAAUGGCACCCUGCCGCCCAAAUACCGGUAGCUGGCGGCGGUUAGAGCGCUCCCGCUCAGAGCGCUAGCCUAGAGCACGGAAAACAUGGCAAAAGCUUAAAAUUAGCCCGGCCACUAAAGCGCUCUCGCUCCCAGCGCAAGCAAACGGAGCGUUCUGGACUGCUCCCCCUUCAAGCAGCUAAAAAGCCGCUCGACGAAGCCUAUGCAACCGAAAAAAUUACCCCCCCCAAGCCGCACCCCCCAGCAGGGAACACGCAGUGAAGGUAUGGCUCUAGGAGGAUGAGGGGGUGGGA